CUAGUUUUCACUACACUUUCCAAUUUAGCCAAACAAAAAUUCCAGCUGGGUUCGAACAGUAAGCAGAGCUCAGUCGGCAGCGCCGAGCACUGACCCAAUCGAUUUCGCACCGGAAUAACCAAAACGGCGUCGCAUUCUUCGCCUUAUGGUUGUGUGCAUUGAGCUGUAGGAGCUGGAUUUGACUUUUUGCGAUGGGGAAGACGCCGGGGAAAUGGAUCAAGAAUUUGCUUCUCGGGAAGAAAUCGUCCAAAGGAAAAGAGAAGUCUGCAAGUAAGAGGGAGACAGUGGUGUCUUCGAAGUUGUCUGUGCCUGAGUUCACUGUCAGUGCACCGGUGAUAUCACCGCCAUUGGUUGAGACGGUUGUUACUAGUAGAGGAGUCGAGUCAGAAAUCAGGGCAGCUGCUGAAGUACCAAAUGGUGAAAUUACACUUGCAUUGGCAAAGGAAGACGGGCAGACACAAGAUAUGUCUAGUUCAGGGUCUCAGGAACCUCAGAGAAUCAAGCGAGAGAAAGCUGCCACCAAGGCACAGAGUGCUUAUAGAGGAUAUGUGGCUCGCCGUGCAUAUCGAACCCUCAAGGGCAUCAUAAGGCUGCAAGCACUUAUUCGUGGUCAUCUGGUUAGAAGGCAGGCUGUAUCCACAUUAUUAUGUGUCCAGGGGAUUGUAAAGUUUCAAGCACUGAUUCGUGGUCAGCAUGUUAGAAAAUCUGAUAUUGGGGUUGCGGUGCAUAGAAUAUAUCAGGGUGAUACAUGUUUUGAUUACUCUGGUGUAAGUGCAUCUUCCCAGGUGGAGAGGCUUUCAAAAUAUGCUUUUGCUCAGAAGCUUCUGGCAUCAUUGCCUACUGCUAUUCCUCUACGUCUCCAAUAUGAACCAGAGGACCCGAACUCAUCAUUGGUAUGGCUUGACCGCUGGACCAGAUCAUGCUUUUGGGAACCUGUUUUACAAUUAAAGAAAAAACCUGAUUUGAAGACUCGUGGAAAAUACAAGAAGAUUCAGACAGUAGAAACUGAACCAGCUAAGCCAAAAAGAACUGUCCGGAGACUGUCCAAUGAAAAUGGCCCAACUCGUGUCACUUCAGAUUCUGAGAAGCCUAAACAAAAUAUGAGGAAAGUUUCAACCCAUCCAGUGAACUCAGUUCAGGGACAUCAACAGAAUGGAGUUGAGAAGGUCAAAAGUAAUGUUAGAAAAGUCUCUGGUCCCAAGGAGGUUUCUAAUUGCAAGGUCUCUGAUCCCAAAAAGGUAUCUAAUUCCAGGGAGGAGAUUUCUGGUCAGGCAGAGAAGGUUUGUGAUCCUGAGGAGGUUCCGUCAGAGGUUGUUAAAGAGAUACCAAAGCACGGUACAGAAACAAUUAUAGUUCCUGCUGCUCUUGAUGACUCAGAGCCAUGCACUAGUGAGAUUUCUCCAAAGAUGGAACAAGUCGAUGUUGCUGACCCCAAACAGUCUGAUCUAGAAAAAUGUAUGGAACUGACACCAACAAAUGAGACAUUGCAAAGUUUAGGCGACCAUUCUUCUGGUGACAUGCAAUCAAUGGAGAACAACGGAAAAGGUGAAGAAGUUCAAGCACUAAAUGAGGUUCUAACCUCAGACAACUUUAUUAGUAACGAGGACCAGAAAACCAGCCUGAGAAGGGCGUCUUUACCGGUGAUGUUUGAGCAUCAGGAGAAUGGGGUUCAGACCACACCAAGAGUUCCAAGUUACAUGGCACCAACUGAAUCUGCCAGAGCUAGGCUGAAAGGACAGGGCUCUCCCAGGUUUGCACGAGACAUGGUUGAGAAGAAUCUUUUGACCAGACGACAUUCUCUGUCGUCUUCAACCAACACCAAGUUAAGUUUACUUUCUCCACGAGCGCAAAAAUUGGUUCAAGGCAAAGGAGUAAUCAGAACUGACAGAUCAUUUUCAUCUUCAAGGGAUGGUUUUGAUAAGGGGAUCCAACCUGAGUGGAGAAGGUGAAUUGGAUUAGGCAGCAGUAUUGCAUGGAAUGUAUCAAAGGCAGGCAACAAGAUAUUUAAAACAAAGAUUUGAUGCUCUGCAGUUUUUAAGUUUUAUACAACCUUGUUGGCUCCAAGGUACAAUUGUUACCAGCACCGCGAUCUAUUUUGUUAAGUAAUAGGUGUGUUUUAAAUUUCUAGCUAGUUUGUUCUCUUCUUUGACAGUAGUGUCUGUUAUGUAGAUCUUGCUGCUUGAUG